AUGAAAUUUGCUGUCCAGCCCUGUUUCCCAGCAGAUGCCCCAGGCCUAGCGGCCACCAUGAUGGGCGCCCGUCUCACCGACCCCCAUUGGGCAAGACAAUGGGAAGACGACGUCCUCCACUCCGACAUAAUCAGCAGAGCCGCCGACCGGGUCCCCUGGAAUCUGAUCACCGGUCGAGAUACAAAACGACAUGAAAAAGUGAUCGAUGUCGAGAGUGGCCAAGUGGUCGGAUACGCUCGAUGGCUUCUACCGCCCCAUCUUGAAAAGGAUUUCUGGCCAGAAGCCCAAGUAGCAGCAGCCAUACCAGAGGAUAGAGCAAGAUAUGAAAAGCUGUCUCAAGCACAGACGAUAAACGGUCGACCCAUCGGGCUCAAGAGUGGGCCGGAGAUGAGUUAUCGGAGUGCACCGCUCGAGGCUGCGGAUGAACGGGUCACGCGACAUGGUCCAUUCCUAACCCUCGAUUAUUUGACCACUGAUCCUGCUUUCUGGAGGCGUGGCGUGGGCACUAAGCUUGUUGAAAGUGGGUUGCGAGUUGCUGAUCAGUAUAAGUUGAAGACUUAUGUUAUGUCGGAACCGGCGGCAUUGAAGUUAUAUUUGAAUCUUGGGUUUGAGCUGGUAGAGACUGUUGCUACUGAUUAUUCUCAGUAUGGAGGGACGGAGCCCAUGGUGCAUCAUUUUCUAGUUCGCGAGCCUCAUGUUUCAAGUGUUGUCAUAGAUUGA